GCAAAAGUUGUUAGGUUAUGUUUGUAAAUAUAGAGGAAAUUGAUUAAUACUAUUUGUAAGAAAUUUAUAAUGACGAUAAAACCACGCGAAAAGAUCGAUAAUGAAGAUGACCCCGUGGAAACCAUGUUGAAGAAGGCUGGUUGUUUAGAUUUACAUUAUAAAGUUCAGGAAUGUAUAGCAACUACCAAAGACUGGAGGCAAUGUCAGACAGAGGUUAAUGAUUUCAGGGAUUGUAUAACAAAACACAAACAAGAAGAAAUGCAGGCAAAACUAGGGAAAUAAGUUAUAUUGUUAUUUAUUUAUUGUUAUAUUUGUUUAGUAAAUGAUUUAGUUAUAUAAAGUGGUUUUAUUUCAUAAUAUUUGUAAACUGAAUUAAUGUUUGUAAGUACACUUACAUUUUAAAGAAUAAAGAUUUAUUGGCUAAA